AUGGAGGCUCGGUGCCUCGUCGCCUCGCCGCGCCGCGCUUCCGAAACUCUUGAUUACACAAGCGCUACUUUCUAUAUAGAAGUGGCAGCCAUGCCUUCGUUGCAUCGCUCUACAAUGGGUCGGUUGGUGCUGCAAGCGGCGGCAGGGUGUCGCUCGGGCUGGGCGCAGCGCGCGCCCGCGAGCAUGUGGGCUCGUGGAUAUUCAACCGAGCAAAACGACGCGACAUCUGGGCUGCCACCGGCGCAAGGCCCGCUGGUCGGAGUUAAGGUGCUGGACCUGGGUCAGGUGGUGGCGGGCAACUUCUGCGGCGCCCUGCUGGCAUACUUCGGGGCCGAUGUCAUCAAGGUGGAGGCUCCCAAGAAGGGCGACGCGCUGCGUUCGCUGCGCACCCUGGACCCCAGCGGCACCUCCCUGUGGUGGCGCUGCCACGGCCGCAACCGCAAAUGUGUGACCAUCAACCUCAACGUGCCUGAGGGCCGCGAGCUGGUCAAGCGGCUGUCCGCUAACGUGGAUGUGUUGGUUGAGAACUUCCGGCCGGGCGUGAUGGAGGGCUGGGGGCUGGGGCCGGCGCACCUGCGGCCGGACCUCAUCUACACGCGCAUCUCCGGAUACGGACAGACGGGGCCACGUGCGCCCGACCCAGGCUACGCCUCGGUGUGUGAGGCGUACGGCGGCUUCCGGCACCUCAACGGCUACCCCGACAGGCCGCCGGUGCGGCCAAACAUCAGCCUGGGCGACACGCUGGCUGGCCUGCACGGCGCCUUCGGGGCGGUGAUGGCGCUGCUGCACCGCAACAAGCUCCGGCAGCAGCAGCAGCCGGGUGCAUCGGCGGCUGUGGGCGGGCAGGUGGUGGAUGCAGCCAUCAGCGAGAGCGUGUUCAACAUGCUGGAGAGCUGUGUGGCGGAGGUGGCCAUGGCGGGCGAGGACCGCCAGCCCAGCGGCAGCACCAUCAGCGGCGUGGUGCCGUCGGGCACCUUCCACACCAAGGACGACCGGUAUGUGGUCAUCGGCGGCAACGGCGACAGUGUGUACACGCGCCUGAUGUCCGCCAUAGGGCGCCCGGACAUGGGGUCGCACAACCCCUCCUACGCCACCAACAGCCACCGGGUGGCGGCGGAGGGCGAGAUCAUGGGCGCCAUCGCGGCCUGGUGCAGCCAGCACACACUGGACGAGGUGAUGGCCGCUAUGAACCAGGCCCGGGUGCCGGCGGGGCCCAUCCUCAGCACCGCGGCCAUCAUGCAGGAGCCGCAGUACAAGGCGCGCGGCAUGUUCCACACCGCGGCGCCCCCCUCCGGCGGCGCGGCCGUGACCAUGCCGGCACUGCUGCCGGUGCUCAGCGGCACGCCGGGAGCCACGCGCUGGGCGGGGCCCGAGCUGGGGGAGCACACCGAGCAGGUGCUCAAGACGGAGCUGGGCCUCACAGACGCGGAGCUGGAGGGCCUGCGGGCCAAGGGCGCCAUCUGAGGCGGCGCUCCUUGCAGACAGAGGCGGGAAGAGGGGUUUUGGGUUUCGAAAUGUAUAUGUUUCUGAAGAGGGGUUUGGGGUGUAUACGGUAUAUGUCUUUGCGUGGGGUACAGCCGAGCCUGUGGGGUGCUGGGGCUCCGUAGUAUGUGCUCCGUGUGGUUUGACGCUGUAAGUUGCGCUCCAUGCGCUUUGGGUGCCCAUCCUGUGAUAGUAAACGGUUCAACGCCUGUGCACGGGAAGCAUGCUAUUGACGUGCUUGGAAAAACGCAACACACACAUGCGUUUUGACAGGAGGCCCGGGCCGCGGGAGUGGCGUGUCCGAGCUGUUGUUUCCGAGGGGUGUGCAUGCAGCUUGACAACUGCAAAGACACUGUCAGUUCUGCCCUGUGGAUUUUGCCCGGAUUUUGUUGGCAGGGGAUUGGGGGCUCAUGGUUGCUGGCAUCCGAGCAGGUGCACAUGUGAGGUAGUGGAACGGAAUCAAAGUAUGGAACGGAAUGGAAUGCCGGAAUGCUGUGGCGGGGAUGUAGCCAACGGCAGCACACCCACCAGGGGUGCACCACACAUUGUACAGCAAGGGUGCGCCGGCGCGUGAGUGAGUCAGUGACGAGUGCUCGGAUGAGUGACAGAUCAGAUGUAUGUGGGAGGGAACUUCGCUUGCAGAUGUCGAGAGCCUGUGCGGACUUGAGGGCGGAAAGCGCGCCGUGGUAGUGAGAUCGCAAUAUGUAAAUAUGAGGGUUGAAGAGAGGAUGGGGUCAUGCAUAGGGCCUUAUGGAUGCAUUGGUGGGCCGUGGGCGCAUGAGGUGCAGAGCCAGACGCAGACUUGCAACCAGAUCUUGUGCCG